GGGCCUAACCCCUCACCCGUCUCUCGGGGUAAGCGCGUCAGCUAAAAGCGUUAAAUGUAAAUGCGAAAGCCUCUGUGAAGAGUCAGAAGAAGGGAUUAAAAUCCGCAACGCUGGAUGUUAAAACUGUAUUAGACCUGAAUCCUCUCCGCCAGCUGCACGUCACCCGUGGCUAGAUCAGAAUUUCAUGAAAAACUGCACAGAUGCACCCACAUCAGUCCGCGUUAUGUCGAUCGUCUGCAAAUGUCAUUUUCCUUUAAGAUGAUGUAAGACAUUACUUCAUGGGACGAUUUUUUCCUCUCUCUUGCACAGCUUGGAGCAACAUUAUCUUAAACCUUCUGCCGGACCAAACGCUUCCGCACUCAGCAGUUUGGAGAGAUGGGUGCGCACAGGAGUCCCGCUUCCAUCCUCCUCACUGCGAGCAACCUCGGAGCAUGUUUCAGCAUCCCAGUUGUCAGGAGUGACGCUUAGUAGCCGAAUGAUGGGAAGCACGCACAUUCUUCAAUUUCUCUAUGGACUGAUGUGAUCGAAGUAGAAGCCAGACGCACGACGGUGAACCUUUCCACAGAAAACUUGAGCCAAAAAGAUGUUUUUGCUUUUUUGAUGGUGGGAAAUUUCAGAGUGAAGUGAGGAUUAUAUUUCUUUGAAGUCACACUAAUGACCCAUCACAGUGGAUGUGUGUAACAUGAUGCGCUCAGUGGUUAUGAUAAUCGAUUCUGUUCAAAAAAGGGUGCACCGUGGGCAGGCACAUUUACGCAUGGGGUUAAAUGAUCUACUGUAGGCACACCUUUUGGAUUGUUUGUCAUGAGACAGUGGAUGCAAGGACUGCAGUUUGAAUCAAGACUAUGCUUUGGGUCUGAGUGCAUCUACACCAUGCAGCUGCAUCCCACACCCUGAACUUCUGGGACGUUUGCGCUCCGAGAUCGAGCCUGAGAUUUCGUGCAAGAUCUGACAAAAACAAAAACAAAAAAACAACCCAAAAACAUGGCACUGAGCGAAAACUGCAAAACGCAACCUGCAAAAGAGCAAGGCUCAGUGCAAAACCCUCCAUCGGACGUUAUUGAGCUAAACGUGGGUGGUCAGGUGUAUUACACUCGCCAUGCCACCUUGACAAGCUUUCCAAAUUCUUUACUUGGGAAGCUGUUCUCUAACAAGAAGGGGUCUUCAAAUGACUUGUCCCGGGACCUUAGAGGGCGUUAUUUUAUUGACAGAGAUGGCUUUCUGUUUCGGUAUGUGUUGGAUUACCUUAGAGACAAGCAAGUUGUCCUCCCUGACCACUUCCCCGAGAGAGGAAGGUUGAAAAGAGAGGCGGAAUACUUCCAGCUGCCAGAAUUGGCCAAACUUUUGUCAUCCGAGGAUUCAAAACUACUUCCAGACGACUUGUACUACAGUGAUUUGGACGAUGCGUCGCAGAGCAGCGACCAGAGGUUUUACCCCUCUUACUCCUUGGACAGGAGGUAUGGCUACAUCACGGUCGCUUUCAAAGGCGUUUGCGCCGGGGGAGGCAGGGAAAGUCAAACUGAUGCCAAGGCCAAAAAGUUACCGAGGAUCUUCAUCAGCAGCAGGAUUGGCUUGGCGAAAGAGGUAUUUGGAGACGCCCUGAAUGAGAACAGGGACUCGGACAGACCACCGGACCGUUACACCUGCAGGUUUUACCUUAAGUUCAAGCACCUGGAGAGAGCUUUUGAUAUGCUGUCAGAGAGCGGCUUUCACAUUGUGGCCUGCAAUUCGUCCCUGACCGCGUCCUCCAUCGGUCAUUACGCGGAUGAUAGGGUCUGGUCCAAUUCCGCACAGUACAUCUUCUACCGUGGGCCCUCAAGGUGGUUGUCCUCUCACUGUGACUGCUGCUGCAAGAGCCACAAAAGCGAGCGUGAGGGAGAGAGCGGCACUUCCUUCAACGAGCUCUCCACUUCCUGUUCUGAGACCCAGUCGGAGGCCAGUUCCCCUCAAGGAACCGUGAUCUGUGGCCCCGUGAGACGCCAGUCCAACAUCCAGACACUGGACCGUCCCAUGCCUAAAGGACCAGUGCACAUGCUGCAGCAGGCAGAGAUGCGCCGCAAGACUGACAUGCUUCGCGUGAGAACCUUCGGGGUCCGAGAACGAGAGGCCGCAAAGAGGAAAGCGAACAAGGAGAAGCUGACUCCAGAGCAGGAGAUGGAGAAAUGCAUCCAGGACUUCCGGCGAAUUAGGAUUCCUGAUCACUUUCCGGAGAGGAAGUAUAUGUGGCAAUCAGAGCUCCUGAGAAAGUACCGUCUCUAAAUAUGAGUGUGAAGAAGAAGAAGAAAGAAGGAAGAGAAGAAGAGAUGGUAGUAUCAUGUCAACAUCAAUGAAGAGUAUUAACUGCAUAGGCAAUAGACUGCACCCUCUAAGACACAUACUGUAUUAGAAAAAAACAAAACUAUGGCCACUUUCCCGCCAGCAUGACUAGCGGAGCACACAAAGUACAAGGCAGUGUGAGUCCUUGAUUUGUAAAGUAUGCACAGUGUUGUGUAUGAUAUGCACAUGUGUAAAUCAGGUUACUCCUGUUGGGGCUUACAUCACUAACCCUGUUCUCACUUCAGAGAGCCGGGAGCCAGGUGUACUAAAAGCUACUAUCACUAGUUGAAGCAACAACGCAACCUCAGGGGCAACAUCAUUUCAGUUCAUCAACCUAUCACAUGUGCAUUUGCCCACAAUAGCUGUUUUUUAACAAUGGAUGUGCCCAGAUGGUGCUGUGAGUUAGCAAUGGAAUAUCACUACUACUCCACUGAUAACACAUAUACUUAUAGUAGGCUUUAAUAAUGGCACUGCAUGUCAUUUCACCCUUAGCAUAAUUAUGCAAUAUCAAACAAACUUCAAUUCACUGUUUUGUGUGAUGGGUAAAAGCGUAUUAUGACUGAGACUAACUUAAAUGAGGAAAGCACUGCCUAGAUUUGUUUGCCAUUGUAAAACUUUUCGUCCAAUGUUGUCAUUAUGUGUUGGAUAGAUGAUGUUGUGUAGGUAGAGUAUAUAAUGCCAAUGGAUAUUUGACUAAUCCUUGACUGUAAGUGUGCAAAAAAGCUAAUAAAUGGGUUAGAAUUGUA